AUGUCUGUGGCUCGGCUCUCCACCGAGGACAAUGAUUGGGAAUUCAAAAGGCCUAAAAAGGGAGCCUCACCUGUGCCGGGAUUCUCAGACGAGGAUAAGAUUGGAACCAUCCAACCCCAUGACGAUGCUUUGGUAGUUACACUUAGGAUUGGGGGGUUUGACGUGAGGAGAGUACUAGUAAAUCAGGGCAGUGUUGUGGAAGUAAUGUACCCUGAUCUGUACAAAUGGCUGAACCUAAAGCCUAAAGACCUAAUGGCAUAUGAUUCCCCUUUGGUGAGUUUCAAAGGGAAGACUGUUACACCAAAGGGACAGAUCAGACUGUCCAUACAGGCCGGUUCAGACGUGGUGGAGGUGGAUUUCAUUGUGGUUGAUGCUUAUUCGUCAUACACAGCCAUAGUGGCCAAACCUUGGCUCCACGCCCUAAGAGCUGUUUCUUCUACACUUCACCAGAAUUUGAAAUACCCGUCUGUAAAGUGGUGGGCUGUGCUAGUGGUUUUGGGCUGCUUCCUAUGA